AUGUUGCUGUGGGUGCCGCCGCCGCUGCCCAGCGUUCUGAGUCUUGGCAGAACGGGGAGAAGCACGGGAGAACCGGCCAAUACUGGCUGUAUCACUCGCAUAUUGUUUGUAGUUUCCAGUAAUCUACUCCACCUCACCUCUGCAUCAUCUGCUACAACGAAGAACGAGGUCUCCUCGAAGGUACCAGGAUCAAACCCAGCGAUAUCACAAGUUACCAUCCCUGAUAUCCUCUUAGCCCUAUACCUACUUACCCAUCUACUUACCGCUUCAGGUCAGUCGCAUCUGUUUCCGUCCGCUAUGAUCGAACUGUUGUUGGAGUCGCCUUUGCCUUGUUUCCUCGCUUCAAGCACAGCGUACGCGCUCAUCACGUCCCAUCAGUUACAGUGCCAAUUAGUACCUAUCUUCGUCGCCUCGUGGACCUUUGCAUUAUUCGCGCAUCUCGUGGUCUGGCAGAGCUGGAUCUUCCCACGCUACGUGUCAGAGCUUCGCCAUAUUCCUACGGUCCCUGGAUUCCCUCUCUGGGGCCAGUUUUUCGACAUCAUCACACAGGAAUGCGGGGCUCCACAACAACUCUGGCAUCAUCGGUAUGGCCCUGUCGUUCGUUAUUUCUUCCCCUUUGGGUCGGAGAGGCUGUCGAUUGCUGAAAGGGGCGCGUGGCGUUCGACUGCCCUAAAACUUACGUCGGAAACUGCGCUAAACCAUCACAAGCGCACUCUUGGAUAA